CGCGCGCGGAGGGUGGGCCUCGUGGGGGUGGGGCCUGAGCGCGGGCCAAUGACGGCGGGCGCUGGCGCCAUCACGGUGCGCUGUGCCGUGGCUGGAAGUUACUGUGCGGCGGCGGCGGCGGCGGCGGCGGCGGGGACGGCGGCGGAGGCAGAAGAUGGCAGAUUUUUUGAAAGGAUUGCCUGUGUACAACAAAAGCAAUUUUAGCCGAUUCCACGCCGACUCCGUGUGCAAAGCCUCGAACCGGCGUCCCUCAGUCUACCUGCCCACUCGAGAAUACCCCUCCGAACAAAUCAUCGUCACGGAGAAGACCAACAUCCUCCUACGUUACCUACAUCAGCAAUGGGACAAGAAGAAUGCUGCCAAGAAGAGAGACCAGGAGCAGGUGGAGCUGGAGGGCGAGAGCUCUGCGCCGCCACGCAAGGUGGCGCGGACGGACAGCCCGGACAUGCACGAGGACACCUAGGGCGCACGUCCCCGCCAGGCUCCUCGUGCCCGCGCGCCCGCCGCGUGUAAGCGCCCCCAGCCCGCGCGCCCCCGCCCGCCGCUCCCGCCCCACCCCGUCCGCAUCACUUCCAACCUCAUAGCUGUCGAUGUAUUUAUUUUCCGUGAGUUUUUAUUUAUGCUGUAAUCUGUCUUGGAGCGUUGGUUAAAGGGGCCGUCAGACCCAGUAGUGUGA